AUGUUGAGUGAAAAAUUUGAGCAAUCCAGUGAGGCAGAAUCUGUGGUCUCACAUUUCACUGACGACUUGAAUGAUCACAGAAAUCAUAUAGUCGAUAGAAAAGGUAGGGCUGUGGAUGAUUCACCAAAGAAUGACGGCGAAGGAACUUAUCACGCUCCGGCUGUAAAGCCUGUUAGCGGUGAUGCAAACGCCAAAGUUAAAAAUCGAACAAGCAGAAGAGGGUCCUUUGUUGAAAGACCAAGAGCUGCCUCAAUGACAAAACUUUCUUCCUCUGUUGGUAAGAAGUUGGGUCUCAAGACUGAUACAUCCAGGUCGAUCGAGAACCGUGCAACAGUAAAUGCGUAUGGUGCUACGGUGAAUGAUGGGAAUAUCACUGAAAAGGUAGCCUCUCGUGAAUCGGUGGCCAGUGAUGGUGAUUCUAUUAGGUCCAGAGACUCCAAAGAAACCGCGGAAGAUGUUUGUCUUCCAAUGGAAAGAGAGCAAGUGAAGAUUAAUGACAUUGAUUUUGGUAUUAUAAAUGAAUUCAUUAAGGAAGAAAGACAACGCGAUUUACAAGAACAAGCUGCAACAAAGAGGAGUCGCAACCGCAGCGAUACUUGUUCCAAUUACGCAACAUCAAACGCCGCAGCUACCCCUUUUCAUUUGCAAAGCAUAGCUGCGAGAAAGUACACACCAAUAGAGACUUUGAAGCUGAUUUUUCAACGUUCAAGCGUGGAUAGACAAGUAAAAACUGAUUUACAGUUGCCUUCUGUUGAUGAAGAACAAAAAACUGAUUCCGAUUCAGGUGAUUCGAAUUCAGCAGAGGAGGUUAAAUUUGGCGAUGCUCGCGUGACAGGUACCUAUGGCGACGCCACAUUCAACCGGUUUUCUUUCUUCCAUUCUGAGUCUGAAGAAACUGUGCAUGCACCUGAUAUUCCUUCACUUGUUCCCAAUGGCGAAUCAAUACAAGAGCUUUUCCACAAUGGAGAAGAAACUUGGUGGUUGGAUUGUACAUGUCCUACUGAUGCCGAGAUGAAAAUGCUUGCCAAGGCGUUUGGAAUUCACCCUUUGACAGCCGAGGAUAUCCGAAUGCAGGAAACACGAGAAAAAGUGGAGUUGUUUAAAAGUUAUUAUUUUGUUUGUUUCCACACUUUUGAAGCAGACAAGGAAUCUGAAGAUUAUCUUGAACCAAUUAAUGUCUAUAUUGUUGUUUUCCGCGAUGGUAUACUCACCUUCCAUUUCUCUCCAUUGACACAUCCAGCAAGUGUUAGAAGAAGAGUGAGGCAAUUGAGAGAUUAUGUCGACGUUACUGCUGAUUGGCUAUGCUAUGCAAUGAUUGAUGACAUCACUGAUAGUUUUGCCCCUGCCAUCCAAGCUAUCGAAUAUGAGGCGGAUGUGAUUGAGGACGCAGUUUUCACAUCAAGAGAAUCUGAUUUCAGUCGUAUGUUGCAAAGGAUCGGAGAGUCACGAAGAAAAGUAAUGACGUUGAUGAGACUACUUUCUGGAAAAGCUGACGUUAUCAAGAUGUUUGCCAAAAGGUGUCAAGACGAUGCUAAUUUUGAAUAUAAAGGAGCACGAGGAAGGUUUAAUGAAAAUGAUGUUUCAUAUUCGACAUUAUCCAGCGGAUCAAGGGUUUAUACCAAUAUGCAAGCUGGUGAUAUCCAAAAGCAACACAAUUUUGGCAAUGCUCGUCCCCGUGCAGAGAUUGCUUUGUAUUUGGGUGACAUUCAAGAUCAUAUAAUCACCAUGUUUCAAAACUUGACAGCGUAUGAAAAGAUAUUUUCUCGUUCUCAUUCCAACUACUUGGCACAGUUGCAAUGUGAAAGUUUGGGCGAAAAUAAUAAAGUUACUCAAAUGUUUUCUAAAGUGACAAUCAUUGGUACAAUGUUGGUUCCAUUGAAUUUAGUCACAGGUUUAUUUGGAAUGAAUGUGAAGGUCCCUGGACAAGAUUCCCAUAUCGCUUGGUUUUAUGGAAUACUCGGCGUGUUGUUACUCUUGUUGGGGUUGAGUGUUGUUUUUGCAAAUUUGUGGAUGAAGAGGAUGAAUGCACGUAUUGAUAGUCAACCGCGUCCAGUGUUUAGUGCAAGAAAAAGUUUCAAGAGCUUGAAUUUUGGAAACAGGUCAAUAAAUAGCUUUGUUUGA